UGAGACUCGAUUCACUCACAGGGAGGAAUCAAUCUUUGACUCUGAGACGAGUGCAGAUAAAACAUGGGAGUGUACAAUGAACAAGGAGGGGCCCUCGAGGACCCAGAGUCCCAGCACAUGCUGAUCAAAGAGAGUAAGGGAGGGUCCCCCCACCGUGGCCACGGGUCAAACCCCCUCCACAGUCGGCCCGGCAAAACCACAGGCGCCUCGGAUAACGUGAUGUUCAUGGUCGGGGGAUGGACCCAGGAUGAUCCGUCCUGUUUGGUCGAGCAGUUCUGUCCCGAGUACAACGAGUGGAGAUCAGCAGCUCGGAUGGUCAACAACCGUGGAGCUGUGGCUGUGUGCUCGCUGGAUGGACAGAUCUACGCUGUGGGUGGAGAGGAUAAAGUCAGAUGUUUCAGCAGCGUGGAGAGAACUCUGACAUCCCCUCCCCUCGACCUCCGUCCCCACAGGUACAGCCCGGACACAGACAGCUGGAGUACAGAUGUAGCACCGUUGAGCAGCCCCCGCAGCGGCGUGUGUCUGGUGGCGAUGGAUGGAUACCUGUUCGCUAUUGGAGGACAUGAUGGCAUAACGGCUAUGAGUACUGUUGAGAGGUACGAUCCCAAAAUGAACACAUGGAGCAAACAGGCCCCGAUGCUGAGCAGACGAGCCAGAGCAGCUGCCACUGCGCUGGACGGUCACCUGUAUGUGAUCGGAGGGAAUGAUGGAGACAUGGCUCUGAGCUCAGUGGAGCGGUACAAUCCUGUAGACGGUACCUGGUCGAUAUGCGCCCACAUGCGGAGUCCCAGGGAGAACGCCGGGUGCACCGUGUACCUGGGACACAUCUACGUGUCCGGGGGCAAAGAUGAACUCAGCCUGGAGCUGUGCGCUGCUGAGAGGCUCGACCCCGACACCAUGAGGUGGUCCCCGGUGAAAUGCAUGAGGAGCAAGAGGGACAACAUGUCUCUGGUCGUGUUCAACGGUUCCCUGCUGGCUGUGGGAGGCUCUGAUGGUGUCACCAAUCUGAAAACAAUAGAAGUUUACAGCCAUGAAACCAACACGUGGAGACACUUUGGAAGCAUGAAGAGCAAGCAUCCAGGAGGCAGAGUGGCUGUUCUGUGCUGAUACUCCACAACGCUCGUGUUACGUCAACAGGACAGAGGUGUUGCAGAGAAAGAGUCUAAUGGACACAUAUACUCCGCCGGUCUCCAGGACACAUUGUGAAACGGUUCAAGAAUAAAGCAGCAUAAUGACUGAAUAAUUAAAGAGUUCAGUCCAAAAUGAGACAUCCCUGCAUUAGUCGGAGAGCUGCAGCUGCUGCUCAGAAAAUGACUGUGGGCACUGAGGUGAAGCUUAUUAUAGGCUAACAUUUUCUUUGUUAUGUCUCUAGCUUAUACGACAGGCUUCUUUUAUAGAGAUGAACCAGAGGAAAAUACAUUUCAGCUGCAUUUCCCCAUGAGAACAGAGCAAAUUUGGGAUUGAAUGCCGGGAUUGAAACAGAAACAUUUUAUUAGAGAAAGAUAAUCACAGUGUGAAAUUAAGAAAAGUGAUCCUGGUGUUUAAAGACAGAGGUUCUCAUUUACCCCCUCCGUGACUGAAUAUAUUCCAGGGACCCCCUCAUGUAUAUAUCCAGUGGAUUAAUGCAAUAUAGACAAUGUUCUUUUACAUUUUUACUAAGUUAUGUGACAGAUCAAUGGGAGAGAAAUGCAAGAUAUUAAUGUGAAUGAAAUAUAUUAGACAUGUAUUGAAAAUAUUUCCAUGUCAACACAGAAUACACAAAUUAUAUUAUAAUUUUAAAUCUGGAAACUUGCCCUGAGAGAGCCACGACUUACAUUUGUGCCACUUGUACAUUUUUUAUUUUAUGUUAUUCGAUACACGAUUGUUCGUACUGUUGUGUAGUGAUGUAAAGAGAUGAACUGAAGGGUAGAGAUGGAUUGAAUGCAGGUUUUUGGUGAAAGAAAGUUCAAGAUUUGGAUGUCAGACUGAUCACUAUAGGAAAGUAGAGACUUAACCUUGGUAUAUUGUACAAGGAGGUAUUGAAGGUGGACGACUUGGGAGGCAAACAGAGUACUGGGUGUUUUAAAGUACACAGGGAUAUAUGGAAAAGAUAUGUUUUAUGUGAAUUUAGUCCAGUAAGUUUGAACCUUUUAUUUAUUUUUUUUGUCUUAGAAAUGUAAAUGCCAACCAUAUGACAAGUUUUGCGUGAGCAUCAGUUUCUGUGACUUCCCGUCACCAUACAGGAAAUUACCCUUGACUGGGACUAUAAUACAAAUCAUUCAUCUUGAAUAAACAUACACAAAAUGGGUUUUCAAA